CUUGCGUUUAUCAGCAUCUCCAUGGAAGACCGUCUUGCAGAAUAUUUGGUACUAUGCAUCAGAUUCUGCCGUCUGAAGACAUGUACACUCCUUGAAUGAGGUUUGGGCUGCAUUGAUCGAUGAGCGAGCGCCCAUUGAACAGGCUCUUUAUCUAACCUCGGCAAUCUGCAAUCCCAAGGCAUUAAUUACUCCGCAGGACAGACGCUCAUCAUAGAAUUGACCAACGGCGCGGUUCUUACUUCGACCAAGUACGACCAAGUAAUGCCUGCAUACUUACCUGAGCAGUCUUCCUGAACCCAUACGUCUCUGCUCUGAACCACACAGUCUCGUCAUGUCAAGUCAGCGACCUAUAGGCCUCCUGUUCGAUAUCGGAGGAGUGUGUGUUCUCUCCCCUUUCCAGGCCAUUCUGGACUACGAACUAGCCCACAACAUCCCUCCAGGAUGGGUGAACUUCAGCAUUUCGCGUACUUCGCCCAAUGGCAGCUGGCACAGACUAGAACGGGGAGACAUCAAAAUGGAUGCCAAUUUCUUUGCCGGUUUUCACAGAGAUCUACAGAAUCCGACUAUUUGGAAGCAAUUCCAAGAGAAGAUCCAGGGCAAGAAUCCGCCCAGCAGUCAGUUGCCAACUCCUCCGGUGCCUGAGAUCGAUGCCGAAUUUCUCUUUUGGGAGAUGAUGAGAGUCUCGCGGACGCCGGAUCCUCAUAUGUUUCCAGCCUUAAAGAAGUUGAAGGAAUCGGGACAAUUCAUUCUGGGGGCUCUGUCGAAUACCGUCAUCUUUCCCGAGGGUCAUCCCUACAGUCGAGACCUCGACGACAAGAGAUCGCAAUUUGACUUCUUCAUAUCCUCGGCACAUACAGGACUUCGAAAGCCAGAUCAAAAAAUUUAUGAGGCUGCAUUGCAGGAAAUGAAUCGAAUCGCCAAGGAGCAAGGCAGAGGCGAAGUGCGCGCAUCCGACAUUGUCUUCCUCGAUGACAUUGGGGAGAAUUUGAAAGGUGCGAAGAAGGCAGGCAUGAGAACUCUCAAGCCUUUCCACAAGGAGGUCAAGAACAGCGCUUACUACAGCCGCUACCAGACCAAGUACCGUCGUCGCCGUGAGGGUAAGACCGACUACUAUGCCCGUAAGCGCUUGAUCACCCAGGCCAAGAACAAGUACAACGCCCGCAAGUACCGCCUGGUCGUUCGCUUCACCAACCGUGACGUCAUCUGCCAGAUCGUCUGGUCCGAGAUCUCCGGUGACAAGAUCCUCGCCGCUGCCUACUCCCACGAGCUCAAGCGCUAUGGUAUCACCAACGGUCUGACCAACUGGGCUGCCGCCUACGCCACCGGUCUCCUCGUCGCUCGCCGUGCUCUCAAGAAGCUCAACCUCGACGAGACCUUCACCGGUGUUGAGGAGGCCGAUGGAGAGUACACCAUCACCGAGGCUGCUGAGACCGAUGAGGGCUCCCGCCGUCCUCUCAAGGUCAUCCUGGACGUCGGUCUUGCCCGUACCUCCACCGGUGCCCGUGUCUUCGGUGCCAUGAAGGGUGCCAGCGACGGUGGUCUCUUCGUCCCCCACUCCGAGAGCCGUUUCCCCGGUUUCGAUAUUGAGUCCGAGGAGCUCGACGCUGAGACUCUCCGCAACUACAUCUUCGGCGGUCACGUCGCUGAGUACAUGGAGGGUCUCGCCGAUGACGACGAGGAGCGCUUCCGUGGCCAAUUCCACAAGUACACCGAGGCUGGCAUUGAUGCCGGUGACAUCGAGGACCUCUACACUGAGGCCCACAAGGCCAUCCGUGAGGACCCCUUCAAGAAGGACGAGGAUGAGGGCUCCAAGAAGACCAAGGAGGAAUGGAAGGCCGAGAGCAAGAAGUACCGCAAGACCAAGCUCAGCCGUGAGGAGCGCAAGGCCCGCAUCGAGCAGAAGAUCCGCGAGCUUGCCGCUUAAUUGGAUUUUUGUGGAGGCAAAUCGUGCUUGAUGCAUGCGUGAAGUGCGAUAGUCACAAACAAAAGUUAAUCUUGUUAACGAAUCCAAAAACGGUGACCUGGGUGUCUUUUCUCUUGCCAAGCAUUUUUUUU